AUGUAUAAUGUUCGACGCCUGGCAAGAGACUUGGCAUGGAAUGGCCAGGAGGGCCAAAUGUCCUCCAGUUACAAUCGGUUCAAAACAAUGCACAGAGAUUCUAGGCGACCUGGCUCAUCCUACCCACUGGAGGUACCUAUAGAGACGGUACCAUCAAGGCGCAGCGAGAUACAGUCACAGCUGGCCAGUCCAGGGCCAGAGAUUAUCGUGGAGGGGCCUGAAUUUGUCCAUCGGCUUUCAUAUGCGUCGGGGGACUGGCAAACCGCCUCUGCAGCUAUGCAGGUAGAUCAUGCAAUCAUUUCGGCCAGGACCAGCCGAAGAGGGAUAGGAAGUCUCUUGUGCGCCCCUAGGAACGGACUCUGGAGUCUCAUGUCUAACCUUGGAUUGACAUCCGAGGGCCUGUCCCUGAAGUGCCAAAUUGCAUAUAUUUUCCUGGGUGAUUAUUGGAAUCUUCUUCUUGUCGCCAUUCCGGCCGGAAUCGUGGUCAAUUAUACCUCCGUGCCGCAAAUUGCAGUCUUCUUUGUCAAUUUUGUUGCCAUCAUUCCACCGUCGAAAAUUUUGGGAUUAGCCAUGGACGAGUUGGAAAUAUAUCUGGAAGGCAAUUCGGUUCUGAUCGGUCUCAUAACUUGUACUUUUGGGAAUGCCGUCCAAUUGAUUCAAUCUGUUCUAUUGUUGAAGAACAAGCAGCUGGAUGUGUUACGUGUUUCUCUUCUCGGAACUAUAUUGACCAAUCUUUUACUUCUGACUGGGCUGAGCUUUCUCAUUGGCGGUAUCAGGUAUCAUGAACAAGUAUUCGACAAAAGCUUGACCCAAACAAUCACCAUGCUCUUGUUCUUGGCCAUUCUCUCCCUGGUCGUUCCUACGGCAUCCCAUUAUCUCUCCAAUAUCGACAAUGCGGGCAUCCUGGCCCAAUCUCGCGGAACAGCCAUUGUCAUCAUAAUCUCCUAUGUUCUAUGGCUGAUUUUCGAUCUUAAAACCCACAGACCUAUUGAGGCCUUGUAUCAGAAUACCGUGAUCCGGGAGAAUAGGAAAGCAAGAAAUCGGAUCCUCUGUGGCGACCAAAUACAGGAGGGCCCCAAGCCCGACCCAACCUCAAUUGAAGCCACUUGUCAAUUACCACAGGAAGCUCCCACGGAUGGUGUUGUGAACACAGAGCACAGGCUCACAGUUCCCGUUGCCAUUAUCACCAUUCUAGCAGCAACUGCUCUGCUCGCCCUCAACACAGAGUUUGCCACAGACAGCGUGCAGAGCUUGACGGAGAAAGCCGUUUCCUCGUCAUUUGUCGGUUUAGUCAUUCUACCCAUUAUUUCCCUUGAUACGGGGGCGAUCAAAUAUGCCCUCCAUAACAGCAUGGACUUGGCGAUAGCACUGAGUUUGGGCCGCUGCAUGCAAAAUGCCUUGAUGGUCGUCCCACUCACCGUGCUGCUUGCCUGGUGUAUGAGUAUAGACGAUAUGUCACUGCAGUUUGAUGCGUUUACGAUCACGACAUUGUUUAUCUCGAUGGUAAUUCUAGGUUAUGUCGUUCAAGAGGGAAAGAGUAACUGGCUUACAGGGGCUCUCUUGGUCAAGAUAUUUGUCAUAAUCGCCCUUGCCUCUUGGUGGAUGCCUUAA